UGAACAGGCUACAACGUGAACGCGCAGCGCUAGUGAGGCGGGUGCGCGUACGCCCCCGGAGAGACACCACCAGGAAACAUGGCGGCGCUGAUGACACUCAGCCAGUUGUCAAGCGGGAACCCGGCGUACGAAAGCUACUACAGACAGCUGGAUCCGGUUAGCAGUGGCAAAGUAUCAGCUGGGGAUGCGGCUCAGUUCCUGAAGAAGUCGGGGCUGUCAGACAAUACACUGGGCAGGAUAUGGGAUUUGGCUGACGCAGAGCGAAAAGGCUAUCUGGACAAACGGGGCUUCUUCAUUGCCUUGAGACUGGUGGCCUCGGCGCAGGCAGGACACGAAGUCAGCCUCAGCAACCUUAGCCAAACGGUUUUGCCUCCUAAGUUUCGAGACAACAGCAGCCCUCUAUUGAGUGCCUCAGCAACUGAUUCAAGUUGGGCAAUAAGGCCGGAUGAAAAGGGGAUGUUUGAGGGCAUCUUUGAGAGUCUGUCCCCCAUCAAUGGCCUCCUCUCAGGCGAUAAAGUGAAGCCCAUUUUGAUCAACUCCAAACUACCUCUGGAUGCGCUGGGAAAGAUCUGGGACUUGGGCGACGCGGACAAAGAUGGGUACCUGGACAAGGAGGAAUUUCUUGUGGUCAUGCAUCUUGUGUAUCGAGCAAUGGAGAAAGAGCCGGUGCCGACGACUUUACCCGCAUCCUUGAUCCCUCCCUCAAAGAGGAAAAAAGUGCCUGGUGCGCUGCCUGGCGCCGUGGCCGUCCUGCCCAGCCGGCCUGGGUUUUUGGGUACCUCGCUUCCUCUCAAAGACAGCUUCCGAAGUGCUUCUCCUCUCACCACCUCAACUAGCAACCUCUCCCCAAAGUACUCCUUCAGAGCAAGCAAACCGCCGGAGGAGAAGUGGGUGGUCCCGGCGGCCGACAGGGAGCGCUACUAUGACAUCUUCAAGAAAACCGCCAAGGAGAACGACAGCUUGAUCAGCGGAACGGAGGUCAUUGAGAUCUUCAUGCACGCCAGCCUCUCCCAGACCAUGCUGGCACAAAUCUGGGGUCUGGCCGACACCAAACAUACAGGCAAGCUGACCCGGGAGCAGUUCUGUCUGGCCAUGCACCUCAUCCAGCAGAAGAUCACCAAAGGCAUUGACCCGCCAUCCACUCUUACGCCGGACAUGAUUCCGCCUUCGGAGAGGACAGCGGCUUUAGCAGCGAUCCCCCCUAGCUUCUCAGGUUUUCUAUUUGACGGGAGAGCUGGUAAUGCUGCACUCUCUGUUUGCAAAGACAUCGCCAUUCCACCAGCAGAGCUGACGGGCGUCAAGGAGCUGGAUGACCUCAGCCAGGAAAUAAGUCAGCUGCAGAGAGAUAAAUAUAUCCUUGAACAAGAGAUAAGGGAAAUGCAAGAAACUAUCAGGAAGCAGAGUAUUUCUGUUCAAGACAUGCAGCAGGACUUUGACCGGGAGAGCAGCAGCCUGCAGGACAUGGAGUAUCAAAAGCAGGACGCACAGAAGCGCCUGGAUGAGAUGGACCAGCAGCGCUCCAAGCUGGAGGGGAUGCUCAACGAUGUCAAGCAGAAGUGUCAAGAAGAGACGCAGAUGAUCUCAACUCUGCAGAGCCAGAUCCGCUCCGAGGAGACCAACCUGCAGAGCCGGGAGCAACAGGUGGGCCGCACCAAGGCGGACCUCAGUCGGCUGCAGGACGAGGAGGCCCAGCUGGAGCAGAACCUGCUAUCAGGGCGCGUUCAGCUAGACGGCAUCACCAAGUCUCUGAAGAACACCCAGGAAGAGAUCAACCAGGCUCGCAGUAAGCUGUCACUCAUCCAGGAGAACCAGAAGGAGGUCUCCAAGACCAUCGAGCAGUACAACAACGCCCUGAGCGACCUCGGGGGAGGAAACAACAUGGCUGACAUGAGCGACCUGCUCGUCGAGAAUGACAACAGUGUCUUCAGAAGUGCGGAUGAAUCAUUCAAGUCAAGACUAGCCAUGUUCAACCAAAGCGCUUCCAAGGCAGCAGACCCCUUCCAGACAGAAGACCCCUUCAAGUCCAACCUCUUUAAAGAUUCUUUUGGAGAUCCUUUCAAAGAAAGUGACCCCUUCAAAGGCACCUCAUCCGAAGAUGUCUUCAGCAGGACUGGUAGCUUGUUUGCACACUCCGAAGCUUUUGCAGGGAAACCCAAGCCUCCAAUUAAGCCUGGCUCCUACAGAGGUAGCGACCACUUUUCAUCCCUCAGCUCCAUACCAAAGAAUUCAGAGUCCUUCAGGACGGCAGACCACUUUGGAAGCACCGCCUUUAGAAACAACGCCGGAUUUACCGAUUUUGGCCAGAUGUCAAAGAAGUCUGAUAACCCUGGUCUCCCAUCAAAGAAAAGCAUGCCGAGCCGGCCUGCCCCUCCCUAUGAAAAUGAAGGCGAGCAGUUUGGAAGUGAAAGCCAGCAGCUGGAGUGGGCCAAGCGGGAGAGCGAGCGUGAGGAACGUGACAGGCUGCAGCGGCUGAAGGUCCAGGAGCAGCAGGACCUGGAGCUGGCCAUCGCUCUUAGCCGGGCCGACGUUACCAGCUCCUGAGAGGCGCUCGACAAACUCCACUCCUUCCUUCCUUCCUUCCUUCCUUCCCCGCUUUCUGACGUUUGCACUGACACCGAACCAACACUCCAAAAGCCCUCCGAGACCCUGAACCCCAGUGAUGCACCCGCCAUAUGAUGGCAUCGUGUCAAAUGGCUGCGCUUUUUUAAAUUCAUUGCUCCCAAACAUGAUGCUAUAAUCAUGGAUCCUCCUGGCUUCAUUUGGACUCAACGUAGCCAUCUAAAGGAAACACGACGCAGGUGGCCACUCAGGUUUUGUCUCUGUUAUGCUGCCUUAUUCCAAAGCCCGCCAGGAAACUAACUUUUUUUUUACUAUCCUUAUUUUUACCGUGUUUUAUUGUAUUUAUAAGCAAAGGUGUGAGUGAACGAAUGAACUUGUUAAAUGCACUAAAUCAGAUGUUUUUAUUUUUCAUAGUUUCUGAGAUUCUUUUGGAGGAACUUAAUAUUCUCUACCGUAUUUUUCGGAGUAUAAGUCGCUCCGGAGUACAAGUCGCGCCAACCGAAAAUGCAUAAUAAAGAAGGAAAAAAACAUAUAUAAGUCGCACUGGAGUAUAAGUCGCAUAUUUUGGGGUAAAUGUAUUUGAUAAAAGCCUACACCAAGAAUAUACAUUUGAAAGGCAAUUUAAAAUAAAUAAAGAAUAGUGAACAACAGGCUGAAUAAGUGUACGUUAUAUGAGGCAUAAAUAACCAACUGAGAAGGUGCCUGGUAUGUUAACGUAACAUAUUAUGGUAAGAGUCAUUCAAAUAACUAUAACAUAUAGAACAUGCUAUACGUUUACCAAACAAUCUGUCACUCCUAAUCGCUAAAUCCCAUGAAAUCUUAUACGUCUAGUCUCUUACGUGAAUGAGAUAAAUGAUAUUAUUUGAUAUUUUACGCUAAUGUGUUAAUAAUUUCACACAUACGUCGCUCCUGAGUAUAAGUCGCACCCCCGGCCAAACUAUGAAAAAAAAGUGCGACUUGUAGUCCGAAAAAUACGGUAAAUAUUAGAAAAAUAGUAAUGCUCUUUGUUAUUAAUUGACACUGUGUUCAUUGAACAAUACGACUAAAGUUGUGGUUGAGCGGUUCCAAUUGUUUGGUUACGUUAUUUAGCAAUAUGAGGAUCAAAAUGUUACUAGACGCCACGGCAAAGUACAACCACAAUAUUUAAGUAAAUGUUGUUCCAGGAAUGCAUCUUUGCGUCAUAUAUUGUGCAAGUGUACUUAAUGAAAUGGCUUCUGUGUAUCAGAUCACAUGUUUUAUUUAUCUUGCACGAGCAUUUGUGCCUAUGCGUAUUUUUAUGUGGCCUUAUAUUCCAGACUGCACAGGUGGUACAAAGUAUUUGUCCUAAAAUUGCUGAAAAGCAUUAUUUAGUCGCCUCCGUUUUUUUUAAAUUAUCAAGUGCAAAACCACUUUAUUCAUACUUGUACUGUUACACAAAGCUUUAACACAGACGUAGCUUUAAGACAUAAUACUUUCUCUUUUUUGCAAACAUGUCAAACUUGCCGUAAACUCCUUAACAUGAAUUAAUUGUUGCUGGCACAUGCAUGAUUAGCAGCAUAUAGAUGUCAUGUUACAGUAUGUGGUACAUAUGUAAUGGAUUCAUGGGGAUUUAUUUAACAGUGCUGGAUGAAGGUGACUUAUCUGUUUUUCAUAAUAAAACAUGAUGUCGGUAUUGAAGUGGUGCAUUUGAAAUGUUGUCAAGUGCAGUUUCAUAUUGGAACUCUUAGACAAAAAAGUGAAACUGAAAUAAAUUUGCAUUCAAAACAGAUAUUU